UAAGACGACUCUCUCUCCCUUUCGUGCUCCUCUCCAGGGCGUUCACGCUCGUCUCCACCAUGGCGGGAGAGCGAGAGGUAGUUGUCGGCCUGGUUGCGAGAUUGAAGGGCUCCGCCGCUUCCUUGGACGAUUUCCGCCCUCCCCAAAACGAAUCUUCAUCGUCUUCAGUCGGCCGGAGGAGUCCCCUUAACCAACACUCCUCAACCAGCAAUCAGCCGCUCCCUUCUGCUACUUCCGACCCUACACUGUUUUCUCCUUCCACCGUUUACAUGGCACAGCCGCAGAAGGGGCGCAGGGACGCGGUUCCUUCCGUAGAGGAUGCCGAUGGGAAGGCCAUGGUGCAGGUGGGCGACGACGUUGAAGUCGAAGUGAAGCGGAAGGAAUCGGGCAAGAGCUUUCCGGUUCUCUCGGGCCUAAACCUCAACGACGAUCCACCGGACAGCGAGGGCGAGGACUUCGUGGUAGAUGAGGAGCCAAAAUGCGCUUCCACCCAAGAUGUCCUCUCCAGGGUAGUGAAUGAGGAGGGCAAGGUAUUGGACGCUAAGCCCUUGAUUAGGGAUAUUGAUAUAAAUGAUGUGGAAGAUAAAUCUUUGAAAGCAGCUAAAUGUCAUCCCAAACUUAAAAGUGAAUAUCCUAAUGAAUCCGGACAUGACACAGAUGCUGAUCAGCAAUAUCAAGGCGUUUCUACUUCUCAGGAAGAAAAAGUUAGCAGCCUUAAAGCGGGAUUAGUUCAUGUUGCACGUAAGAUGCCCAAGAAUGCUCACAUCCAUUUCAUUCUUGGUCUAAUGUACCAGAGGCUGUGUCAACCGCAGAAGGCAGUCCUGGCAUUUGAGAAAGCAACUGAAAUUUUACAUCAGUCUGAAGAAGAAGUCAGCAGACCUGAAUUGUUAAGUCAUGUCCAAAUUCACCAUGCACAGAGCCUUCUGCAAGGUUCUAUAGGAGAUUGGACAGGCAAAGACAAAGAUCUUGAACCACAAGAACUUGAUGAACUUAUUUUGAAGUUGAAGGAGUCAGUUUCAUUAGAUGUUAGACAAGCUGCUGUAUGGAAUGUGCUUGGUCAGAUACUUAUAAGAACUGGCCGCCUGCAGAGUGCCAUUUCAGUGUUAUCAGCUCUCCUUACUAUUGUGCCAGAUUUCUUAGAUUCCCUCUGUAACCUUGGUGUUGCACACCUGCAGUGUGGCAAUUGGGAAGAAGCUGCAAGAUGUUUCCAAAAGUUGGUUCUGAAGGAUCAAAACCAUCCAGGAGCUUUUAUCAACUAUGGGGCAUCGCUUUUGUGUCAACAUGGUUCAACUAUUGCAGGUGCUGGAGCUAAUGGCAGUGGUGGGACAAAUGCAUCCCAAAAUGCUGCUGCAGUUGUUGCACAGGAGUGUUUUGCUGCAGCAUUAAGAACAGACCCAAAAGCGGGUCACCUUUGGGUUAAUCUUGCUGAUGCAUACCAUAUGGCUGGUGACCGCAGAAGUGCUGGGAAGUGCUUAGAACAGGCAUGCAAGUUGGAGCCGAGUCGCAUGUCUACCAGAUAUGCAGUUGCUCUACAUCGCAUCAAAGAUGCAGAAAGGACUCAGGAUCCCACACAACAGUUACCAUUGGCUGCCAAUGAGAUGGCUUCAAUACUUAGGGAAGGUGACCCCGCCAUAAUUGAACCUCGUAUUGCAUGGGCAGGGCUUGCAAUGGUUCACAGAGCACAACAUGAAAUUGCAGCUGGUUUUGGAUAUAUAGAGAUGGAUCUAAAAGAGGUUGAAGAAAGAGCUCUACACACAUUGCAGCAGGCUAUAUCUGAAGAUCCGGACGAUGCCAUUCACUGGCACCAGCUUGGCCUGCAUUCCCUCUGUACCCUUCAGUUCCAGAAUGCGCAAGACUAUCUAAAAGCUGCUGUGGCCCGCCGUAAAGACUGCAGCUAUGCAUGGUCAAAUCUUGGAAUCUCAUUGCAAUUGUCUCAUGAACCAACACUUGCUGAAGCGGCAUAUGAACGUGCAUUAUUAUUAUCAACAGUGGAACAGUCUCAUGUUACUCUUUCCAACCUUGGAAAUCUCUACCGUCAACAGAAGCAUUUUGAUGACGCACGAAAGAUGUUUGCAAAAGCCAUCGAAAAGCACCCAGGAUAUGCACCGGCGUACAAUAAUCUGGGACUUGUAUUUGUCGCCGAGGAUCGGUGGGCUGAUGCGAUAGACUGUUUCACUAAAGCUCUUGUUGCUGAUCCUCUGCUUGAUGCAGCGAAAUCAAACCUGAUUAAAGCAGUAGCUAUAUCUAAAAUAUCCACAGUCCAGGUUCCGACUGAUGCCCAAGGAAGUAUUCAUUGUACAGCUCCAUCUGAUUCACACGCUACAAGAAAUCAUUUGCAGCCUUCACCUCAUCAUACAUCCGAGUGAAAUAUUCUUCCUGUUUCCUGCUGGAACCCUAUUGUUGUACUUCUGCUUAAGUGUGGGUAAUUUGUUGUUUCUCAAAAAGAAGUUAUUCAAGCUAUAUUUAAUAUUGUUUGUAUUCAAUCGAAUGUA